AACACGCCUUCUCGCUCAUUACAGUGGAAAAAAAAAAAGCUUGCAUUUAAUGUCUGUUUCUGGGUGUUUGCAUUUCAUUGCUCAGUCAUUGCCAUUUGUGAAAUGAGAAGUAAUUAUCACAUAAAAUUUGGCUGAGUGAUUAGGAAAGAUCCAUUAACUUUCUGCUUAAAAAGAUACCUCAUGUGAGGUUCAUUUUCCUCGUAGGAAAUAUGUUUGGAAGCAGUAGGAGAGAAGAGUAGUGCUGUAACGUAGUCUGAUGCUUUCAUUAGAAACUUCUUGUCCUUAAACUGUCCCACAAUAUACAUAUAUACAUAGAGGCAGCAGAGCAGGAUGCCAGCCUUGUUUGGGAAGUUUGGUGGCUCCUGCACAGAACGAAUGCUGGUUUUUCCAUUGAUUUCCAUUUGAAACCCAAACAUGAUUAGUAUUUUGAGAUAUGGUCUACAAAAAUAAUUUGUUCUGGUGAUACAGUGCAUAGCUAUUUUAGUGUGUUUCUGAUUCUCCCCUCAUCAAAUUGAGCUUUAAUAUGGCAGCUGCCAGGCUAGACUCUAACCUAAUUUUAAUGUUAAAUAUUGUUCAUGCAAAUUCCCUUAAAGCUUAUAAGUUUAGAUAAGAUGGAUGUACACCUUUUUGCUCAAAUGAGACUGGGAGGCAAAUAAGAUCAUUUAAUGUUAUCUAGAUAAAACUUCAUUACUUAGAAACAUAUUUUGAUUGUAAUAUGGGAAUGUAUUUCUAUCUUGCACGUGGACUGAUGCAUUUCUGUAGCAAGAAACCUGUUCUGAGGUCUUAAUUACAGAGAUGCAAAGGAGCUGAUGCCUGGAGUGGGAGAAGAAAGAGAAGGAGAGCUUAGUCAAACGGACCAGCGAGAAGCUAGAGGCUGAAUAAGGGAAAGCCUCCACUGAUCUGUAUAGUUUUCUUAUUGAGUUUCUGCUUUGGAAAUGGUGAAGAAGAUAAUUGUAAUGUUCAGUGAGAUGCUCUGCUUAGCAAAGCUCCAGGAGCACCGUUUGAGGACCUGGCUUAGUGUGAACUUCUCUUGAUUCAAAAAUCAUCAGGCACAUAGAACACUUUUGAAGACGAAUGAAGUGGAGAAGCAAACUCUGAGGUGUUUUCAGUCCACGCGCCUUGGAGGAGGAAUAUCUGGCACCAAAUUCCUAUAGACCUGAGUGUGUUUACAGAGAUUGGACUGUUUUGUGGAAGACAGGACUUUUUGCAAUAUUUAGUGAUUCUAAGGACACAAGGAACUUGAAAGACUGCCUGCUCAUCAUGUCUUCCAUUCUUGUGAAGAUGAAGAAAUUAGGCAGUUCUGAUAUGGAGGAAUCUGAAGUGACAGAUGAACACACAGAUGGGGAGGACUCCAUACUGGAAACACCUGACAGCGUCCAGGGUGCACCCAGCACCAAGGUGCAGCCACCCAAAAGCAACAUCUUUGCAAGACGUGGGCGGUUUGUGAUGGGUGAUAGCGACAAGGACAUGGCUCCCAUGGACUCCCUUUACCAGAUGGAUCACCUGGUGGCACCUUCUGUCAUCAAAUUUCAUGCCAAUUUGGAGAGGGGUAAACUUCACAAGCUCCUUUCUAUAGAUUCCAUCACAGGCUGCUCAGAAAAAGCUUUCAAAUUUUAUGACCGCAGAAGGAUCUUUGAUGCUGUAGCCCAAGGCAACACAAGGGACCUGGAGGAUCUGCUACUGUAUCUUAAUAGAACCUUGAAGCAUCUCACAGAUGAUGAAUUCAAAGAGCCAGAAACUGGGAAAACUUGCUUACUGAAAGCCAUGCUGAAUCUGCAUGAUGGGAAAAAUGAUACCAUUCCCUUGCUGCUGGAUAUUGCAAGGAAAACUGGAACUCUGAAGGAGUUUGUUAAUGCAGGGUAUACUGACAACUACUACAAGGGUCAGACUGCACUUCACAUUGCCAUUGAGAGGAGGAACAUGUAUCUAGUGAAGCUCUUGGUCCAGAACGGAGCAGAUGUUCAUGCAAGAGCCUGUGGGGAGUUCUUCAGGAAAAUCAAAGGGAAACCUGGCUUUUAUUUCGGGGAGCUGCCUUUGUCCCUGGCUGCCUGCACCAACCAGCUCUGCAUUGUGAAAUUCCUCCUUGAAAAUUCCUACCAGGCAGCCGACAUCGCCGCUGAGGACUCCAUGGGCAAUACGGUCCUGCACACGCUAGUGGAGAUUGCAGAUAAUACUAAAGACAAUACCAAAUUUGUUACCAAGAUGUACAAUAACAUAUUGAUCCUUGGUGCCAAAAUUAAUCCGAUGCUGAAGCUGGAAGAGCUCAUCAACAAGAAAGGGCUAACUCCAUUGACUCUGGCAGCCAAAACAGGGAAGAUAGGGAUUUUCGCCUACAUCCUCAGAAGAGAGAUCAAAGAUCCUGAGUGCAGACACUUGUCUCGGAAGUUCACUGAAUGGGCUUAUGGACCUGUCCACUCAUCUCUUUAUGACCUGUCCUGUAUCGACACAUGUGAGAAAAAUUCAGUGCUUGAGAUAAUUGCCUACAGUAGUGAAACACCAAACCGUCAUGAGAUGCUGCUGGUGGAACCCCUUAACAGGCUGCUGCAAGACAAGUGGGACCGAUUUGUCAAACACUUAUUUUACUUCAACUUCUUUGUCUAUACUGUGCAUAUCCUUAUCCUCACCGCAGCUGCUUACUACAGACCUGUAGAGAAGAAUGAAAAGCCUCCCUUCACGUUCGGUCACAGCACUGGGGAAUAUUUUCGAGCUACUGGAGAGAUCCUGAGUGUAUUGGGAGGCCUGUAUUUUUUUUUCAGAGGGAUACAGUAUUUCAUACAGAGGCGUCCGUCGUUCAAGACACUGAUAGUUCACAGCUACAGUGAGGUUCUUUUCUUUGUUCACUCCUUGCUCAUCCUGAGCUCUGUGGUGCUGUACUUCUGUGGCCAGGAACUGUACGUGGCUUCCAUGGUCUUCUCCUUGGCACUGGGCUGGGCUAACAUGCUGUACUACACCCGUGGCUUCCAGCAGAUGGGCAUUUACUCUGUCAUGAUUGCAAAGAUGAUCCUUAGAGAUUUAUGUCGCUUCAUGUUUGUCUAUCUAGUGUUCCUGUUGGGAUUUUCUACAGCUGUGGUGACUUUAAUUGAAGAUGACAAUGAGGGGCGAGAGACAAGCAUUGAACAUACCCGAUGUUGCAAUAUGAAACGAAGCUGCCCAUCCUACAACAGUCUGUAUUAUACCUGCUUGGAACUUUUCAAGUUCACUAUUGGGAUGGGGGACCUGGAGUUCACAGAGAACUACAGGUUCAAGUCUGUGUUUGUCAUCCUUUUGCUUCUAUAUGUUAUCCUUACGUACAUCCUUCUGCUCAACAUGCUUAUUGCACUCAUGGGGGAAACUGUGAACAAAAUUGCACAGGAGAGCAAGAGCAUCUGGAAACUCCAGAGAGCCAUCACGAUCUUGGAUAUUGAAAACAGCUACUUGAACUGUGUGAGACGCUCAUUCCGGUCUGGGAAGCAAGUCUUGGUGGGGGUCACACCUGAUGGCCAAGAUGAUUACAGAUGGUGCUUUAGGGUUGAUGAAGUGAACUGGUCCACAUGGAAUACUAAUCUGGGCAAAAUCAAUGAAGACCCUGGGUACUCCGGGGACCUCAAGCGAAAUCCCAGUUACACUAUUAAGCGUGGCAGAGUUUCAGGGAAAAACUGGAAAACAUUGGUUCCACUUUUAAGAGAUGGAAGCAGGAGAGAAGAGACUCAAAAACUACCAGAAGGAGUCAAAUUAAAACCUGUCUUGGAACCUUAUUAUGAGCCAGAAGAUUGUGAGAUGUUGAAGGAGUCACUUCCAAAGUCAGCCUAAUCUAGUUCUGUUUUUAAGAAGAAGGUUAGUUCUUAGAUGCCUAUGUUGGUCCUCGCAAGCAGGGCAAUUGGAGUACUUCCUUCAAAAGCACGGGGAUUUAUGGGAAAAGGUCAGAGGAUCUAGGAAAUUACUGUGCAAGGGUUC